GUCGAAUAUAACCCUGUCUCCUUCAACGCCUCAUGGUGCAGAUUGGAGGAGUUUGGCAUACAAACCCUAGUUUUGCUUCCGCUCUCUGAAAACGCAGAAACCAACACUCUUGCUCUCGUGAGAAAGUCUAUCACUAGGCAGGAAUUUCUGCUAGGUGAAAAUGAGUUUAAUUUCUCAGAAUGCUCUCUCUAAAAACAGAGUCAAGGCUAGAAGGGAGGAGACUGUUGAUGAGCCUACAUUUCUUGAAGAGAACAAAAAUAAUGAUGAUUUAUUGGAGCCUGAAUUGGAUAUCCCAACAAAGAAGAGGAGGAAGAAAGAAAAGGAAGGGAAAUUGGGAGUUGAGCAAGAACAGCAAAUGACGAAACUAGAGAGCUUUCUGUUUGGUUCCUUGUAUUCGCCUAUUGAAUUUGGGAAGGAAAAAGUCCAAGAUGAGGCUGAGAAGGGAUCUGCUUUGUUUUAUGUUGAUCGUUCAGCAAAUGAUUUGUCUUUUGAUGAAGAGGAUGCUGAAACUGAUGAGGAAAGUAGUGAUGAGGGAGCAACUGAGCAGAGGAAAGCUGUGUGGGUGGAUGAUGAAGAGGAGAAAACUAAUGUACACAUAGCUAAAACCAACAGAUUGAGGAAACUGAUGAAGGAGGAAGAUGAGAGUCUGAUUUCUGGCUCGGAGUAUGUAUCAAGAUUGAGAGCCCAGCAUGUAAAGCUGAACCCCGGCACAGAUUGGGCCCUACCUGAUUCACGUGUUAGAAAUGUCAGCGGAUAUGAUGAUGAAUCAUCGGAUGAAAAAGAUGGUGCAGUUGUAGCCCGUGGGUUUGAGGAGCUCGAAGCUUUGGAUGACAUUCUGCGAACAAAUGAAGACCUUGUUGUUAAGAGCAGUUCAAGAUUGUUGCCUGGAAUCCUCGAGCACUCGAGACUUGUGGAUGCAAAUGCUGAGGAUCCUUCUAAUGGUCCCAUAAAUUCGGUUCAAUUCCAUCGAAAUGCUCAGUUGCUACUUACAGCUGGAUUGGAUCGAAGACUUAGAUUCUUUCAGAUUGACGGAAAACGUAACAACAAAAUUCAAAGCAUCUUCCUUGAUGAUUGCCCUAUUCGAAAGGCCUCUUUUGUUCCCGAUGGAUCUCAGGUUAUUGUGGCUGGAAGGAGAAAGUUCUUUUACAGUUUUGAUUUGGUGCAAGCAAAAGUUGACAAGAUAGGCCCCCUGGUUGGUAGGGAGGAGAAAAGCCUCGAAGUUUUUGAGGUAUCCCCUGAUUCUAGGACGAUUGCUUUUGUUGGCAAUGAAGGUUAUAUAUUAUUGGUUUCCUCCAAAACGAAGGAACUGAUUGGAACUUUGAAGAUGAAUGGUACUGCUCGUUCUUUAGCUUUUGCUAACGAUGGCCUGCAAUUAUUAAGCACUGGAGGUGAUGGUCAGGUCUACCAUUGGGAUUUAAGAACAAGAGCUUGCUUCCACAAGGGUGUGGAUGAAGGCUGCAUAAAUGGUACUGCUCUCUGCACUUCCCCAAAUGGAGCUUUGUUUGCAGCUGGUUCAGAUAGUGGAAUAGUAAAUAUUUACAACAGAGAGGAGUUUUUAGGUGGAAAGAGAAAGCCGAUCAAAGCUAUUGAGAACUUGACUACGAAAGUGGACUUUUUAAGGUUUAACAAUGAUGCUCAAAUAUUGGCCAUGUGUUCAACCAUGAAGAAAAAUAGUAUGAAGUUGAUACACAUCACGUCAUGCACUGUAUUCUCCAAUUGGCCUCCACCAAAUAGGCUACUGCAUUAUCCCCGUUGUUUGGAUUUCAGUCCUGGUGGAGGCUUUAUGGCUGUGGGAAAUGCUGCUGGAAAAGUUUUGUUGUACAAGUUGCAUCAUUACGAUCAUGCCUAGAUCGAAUAUGUAAUCAUGACUUUCUGAUACCUCGCAAGCCUUGCAUACUUGUAUUGAUGUGGCCUGUGGAUCACAUUAAUGUUUCCUGCAGUUGAUAAUGUUUUGACUGAUCGUUAUUUUUAUUGUAUGCAUCACAAUUUUGGGUUAAGCAUUUUGUUAGUGGAAGUUUGGUCAUUUUUGACUCUAUAACUUAGGUUUACCUGAA